AUGCUCGGCCAAUCUCUAUUUGUCCUCGCCUCUGCGGCUCUGGCUCUCGGCUCUCCCGUAGAAAAGAGAGACGUGACUUGCCGUUCUCCCAUACCCGACCCUCCUCUGCCCAUCACCGGCGGCGCCACUGAACUCCCUCCCGUGCCCGACAACCUCGAGCUCAAGGUCAUCGCCCUCGGCCUCGGCAUCCAAAACUACACCUGCGCCUCCGUCGGCGCCUCCCCCGUCUCGACCGGCGCCCUCGCCAUGUUCUACGACAUCAGCCUGCUCUACCCCGAAUCCGGCCCCAACGCGCUCACCAUUGAGAAAUUCAACCAGCUGCCCGCCUUUGCCCUCAACCACCACGAGAUCCCGCUGCACUUCAACGACUCCACCGUCGGCCGAGUCAGCAUCGAGGGCCCCGGCGCCUCUCUCAAGCGGCCCUUUACCCGCGCCACUCCCCUCGACCUGGGCGAGUACGGCAGCCUCCCCUUCCUGGGCCGCCACUUCUUCAACUCAGACGGCGCCCCUACCUUUGUCCUGCAGCGCGGAAGCAUCAACGUCGUCGCCGCCAAGAAGGCCUCCGUCCCGGCUCCCGGCAGCGCUGAUCCCGGCCCAGCUGGCACCGGCGCCGUGGCCUGGCUGGCUCUCGACGCAAACGCAAACUCUCGCGGUGCUUCUCUCGUCUACCGCGUUGAGACUGCUGGCGGAAACUCUCACGGCUGCGCUCAGGCUGCUGGCCAGGAUAGCACCAGCUACUCUGCUCAGUACUGGUUCUACGGCCCCAAAUAAGACGCUCUUUUCUUUCGUUCCAUAUUUCUUUUUUCUUUUCUUAAUUUCUAAUUCUCAUUAUUUUUAUACCUUUCUGAUUCAACAAAAAGGACAUUAGACAAGGGGGCUUGGAAUUGGAUACACUGGUUUUUGUUUCGGCGAUUUAUCAUUAUACUUUGGGAGGGAGUUCUUAUUGGCAGAAACAGGACGUCUUUUGGGCACCAAUAAGAAAGUUUUAGGCAAGCAAAUGUAUACAUGAGUUUGUUUCUUGGGAAGAGGUUCCUACCUCACAUGCAUAGUUCCGGUCGAUUUAGGAGUUAUUUUACGCAUAGAUUUCAAUGAUAGGAGAGAAUAUACUUACAAGGUUAUCCUUACAAUCUAUUAUUCUACAGUUUUC